AUGGUGUAUGGACACCUCUUUGAGGACUCGUAUGUCAAGCUAGAGGCGAAGCAAAACGAAGACGGCGAUCCCGCCCACCAUCCCAGGGAAUGCUCGAUCAAACCCAAGAGCUAUAUCUCUUACAGCUAUCUGAUGAAUUCCGAGUGCUACAUUGCCGACGCUGCGACCACCGACACUGCGGCUGCUAAGAUUGCGGCUGCUAACACUGCGAUGAGGCUUGAGCUAGCUCAGGCAUGGUACGAAGCGACAACUUUCUGGACCACAGAUCCCAGCACCAUCGCUUCCUCCCUCUCUCGGUUCAAAUGGAGUGCUGGUCUAGAGAAGAAGCCAAUUGAUUUGAUCAAGCACGUCGAAAUCUGGAUACCUGUUGAACAUGACCGGGACACUGCUAAGGAGGCCACUAUCUUGGAGCGAUUCGAGUCUCUGUUCCAGCUCAACAAGCAAACGAUCAUUACGAUAGCUCUACAAGACCUCUGUUCAUUCAUGGUCUUCUCCAACACCGGUAACGGCACAAACAUUAAUGGCCUGGAAGACUACGCGGAGCGGGUAGAAUACUUACUUGAACCGUUGGCGAGCCUUAGAGGUGCGGGGUAUAAAGUCAUAAUUCGAGCAGAGCAGGGCUUGAACUUCGUAGUUGAGCCCGACGAGACUAAUCUGGAAGAGUGGACCAAGAAAAUCCGUGCGGCUAUUAUCGAGGAGUUUCCAAACCGAAGACCCUGGGCUUCGUAG